AUGAAUCCGAUUCACGUUUUACUAUCCGUCAUCUUCGUUGUGAAGAGUGUUGAAACGAAGUGCUCCAAAGGGAGUUGCGAGAAAUUUGCAUGUACAUCAAGUGGAUUUGUUCAUCGUCCGCUAGAUAGUUAUUUGAAAACGGGGUCAACUUUUAAUACACCAUGCUCUUGCUCCGAAGACUGGAAUAGUGUGUUUUGUAACAACACAUUGACAGCGCUGACUUUGGAAACAGAGCCGCCACCUACCGUUUGCAUUUGCAGAAAAUUCACUGAUCAAGGAGCGAAAUGUAAACAGUUUAUAACUAGAUGCUUCCCGAAGAAAAAUAAUCAAUGCGCUUGUUGCUUCAAUCAACCUAGUAAAUAUUGCAAUCACUUGAAAUGCAAAAAUGGAGAGCCCGAUUUUUCGGAAGCGAACACCACUUGUGUCUGCCAUCAUAAUCCGGCCGAUUAUCCUUUUGAUAUAUGCAAAUUUCUUUAUCCGAGAGAUAAUUACAACAAAGGAUUGGCAGCAUUGGAUGGUGCAAAAAAUCCGCCAUCACAAUCUCAAUAUAUUGUCUUAUUUGGUCAAAAAGUGUCGACGACAAAAAUUACUUUUCUAAUAAUUGGUCUUUUGGUUACCGUUUCAAUAUUCACAUUGCUCUUGUUAAUUAUUGGUGGAAGGCGGAUUAGAAAUCGACGAAUUGAGAGAGAACGGCAAACAAGAGUUGCUAGGGAAACGCUUAUUAUGCAACGCUCCGAUGAUGAACGAUACUUACCAUCUGCUUAA